AUGCUCUCUCCAGCUUAUAUGAGCAUUUACCAACAAUACAAAGCCGACACAGACUCUGUCGCAACAUGGCUAGCCAACACUGCUAAAGCGCACGGCUAUGAAGCUGAGGCUUCACAUGGUGGAGCCUCUGCUGAUGCCGCAAAGAAAAAGAAGAAGAAGAGGGGAAAUGGAAACGGCAAAGGUCCUAUUCGACGAUGGUUCUCUCAGAAACUAGCAAACAGCGGUGCAAAAAGGCAUCAUCGCUCCGAUGCUACUCACUCUCACUUCGUCGAGGCCCUUGAGAAGGUCCGCGGCUAUGUCAAACCAAUCAUGGAAGCUGGUCUUUUCAAGCCAGACGACCUCGACAAGAAGACAGAUGUCAAGACGAACCACCCCGCCAAGGGCAUGUUUGACGUCCUCAACGUCUACACUCCUUCUGAGGAACUCCUCAACGCCCCUGACAUCACGCCUACACCUGAACCUGAGACUCAAUACACCGUUGAGGAAGAGGUCACCUGGGAAGACGCCUUCUUCGCCUUCGCCGCUCUUCUCCGCGACUAUGAUUAUCUCAGCCAGGAGAUCCAUUCGCUCUGGAAGAAGUACGCCAGCGGUGAACUUGACCUCGCCGCUGUGGCUCUAGCUACCAACACAGCAUUUGAGUUUGCUCACAGCAUGGAAGCGGAUAUCAAGAAGCUGAUGGACGAGCUUGUCCGCGGCAUGGGCGCUGCACUUAGGGAGACCAAAAACUACCCUCGUCUCUGGAUAUCGUGGGCUCUUCAGAUGUAUCUCGACAUCGUCCAGGGUCUUGGAGAGUCCGUUGGGCGCGGGUAUGAGCAGUUCAAGAAGGAGAGUCUGAAGAUCCAAAAGGCACUCGUCGAUCUGCCUAAGACGACUGAGCGCAAGCAAGUCCUUCAAGUGGCGACGCGGUGGAAUCACGAUCCUAUCUUCGAUAUGAGCCAGGCAAACGCGGAGAUGGGCUUGGCGGCUCACGAUAGUGAAGAGUCUUCUGAGUUCCACUUCCUUCGUCGGAACCCCAUACACUGCGGUCUUCUGAUCCAUCACAUGCGAUCUAUGCUGCAUGCCAAUGGUGUCAAGACUGCUGUGCACAGCGGUGGUCUGAUGACUACUACACAGCUCUACCAAGCCCUCCGACAGGAGAGUCGUAUUCCUGAAGGCCAAGCUUGGGAGGAUCUUGAGGGGUUGUGGGGAUACCAAGGCAACCCGUGCUUCUUUAUUGGAAACCCUCCCACAGAUCUUGAGGGCUACUACAAGAACUACUGUCUCUGCCUGGUCACUUCACUCACUAACUAG